UGUAAAAUUCUGAUUUUGCUGUACUAAUAAUUUCCUUCCCUCUCCACUUCCAUUUCUUCCUGCCUAAACAAGCUGAGUAACAGCAACUCUGCUGCAGCUCACAGACAGUAAGGCAAGGAUCUCUCUCUCACUCUCUAACGGUUGCACACAGCACAACUAUCUCCUGCGUUUUCGCAGGCACGGAGACCAGGCCGGAGUAAUUGGUGGUGGUUUGACGUAAAGGGCUGAAAGAUGAGCAGUUCGAGGGAGGCAUCUCCGGAUUGGUUGCGUUCGUUCCAGGCACCAACUCAUUCAACACUGACGUUAUCAUCAGAUUCUGAGUCUUCGCUGAAAGGUAGCCCUUCAAGGGAGGACAGAGAUGAUCUUGAAGAGCCAUCUCCAAAUAAAUCAGCUAAAAUUGCAGAGGAACACAAGAAGCAAGCUACAAUUAUUGGUCAAAAUGGUGCAGGGUCUCUAUCCAAUAAGCCAUCAAAAGCAAAGUCUCCAAAAAAAAGGCUGAAAGUAGAAGAUCAAUCACCAAAACAAAUGAAAAAUAAAGUCUACAAAAAGAGGAAAGAAGGGGACAGGAGUGACAGGAUUGUUGCGAAAGAAGUAACAUUUGAGAAGCAUAUAGAGCCUUGUGAACCAAGUCAUUCAGUUUUGGCAUUAUCGUCAGAUUCUGAGUCAGGUCGUGAUAAUAGCACUGCAAUAGAGGAUAAUAUUAAUCAUGGAGAAUCUUCUGAAAAAAAAAAUUCAGAGUUCCAAGGAGGAGAUAAGUGUGAUGAUGUUGUACUUGUUUGCAGUGAUGGAGAGUUUCCAUCUAAGAAGGCUUCAAGAGAAAAAUUUCCAAGGAAACGGCUAAAAGUUGAGGGUCACAAACCAACCAAAGAGCAAAAAAUAAAUGAGAACAUGGCAAUAAAAGGAAAUGGUGGUGAUGUGGAAGUUGCAGGUGAAGAAACUUCUGACAAGCAUAUCGUACCUAAUGUAUCCUCCUCAAGUUUGCCUUUGGUGCUUUCUGAGAAAGUCCACCGCUCGAAGGCACUUGUUGAAUGUGAAGGGGAUUCCAUUGAUUUGAGUGGUGAUAUGGGUGCUGUAGGGCGAAUUAUAAUUUCAGAUACUCCAGGAAAUCAGGAAAUGUAUUUGGAUUUAAAAGGAACCAUAUACAAAACAACAAUAGUUCCUUCGAGGACAUUUUGCAUUGUUGGCUUUGGUCAGUCAGAGGCAAAGAUAGAGGCCAUCAUGAAUGACUUCAUUCAGCUUAAACCACAGUCUAACGUUUAUGAAGCUGAAACUAUGGUUGAAGGAACACUGGAUGGUUUCUCAUUUGAUUCAGAAGAUGAGGCUGACAAGAUUCCUAAAGCCGUUCCUCAUCAAAAUAACCAAAAUGAGGAUGUUGAAGAACAAACCAAUAGUAAAAAUAAUGGGAAAACCAAACGGAAAGCUGAGAAAACAUCGGGAAUUGCUCGGAAGAGAGGUAAAGCUGUGGGAGGAAAGAUGCAAGCACCAAAAAAAGUAAGAAAGAAAAAUCAAGUUUCAAAGAGAGGCAAGACCAAGAAAUAGGAGAUAAAUUUAGGUUAAUAAUUUCUCGUACCGGCCAGAAGAUAUAGAAGAGUGGUGACUAGAUAUUAGUUCUGAUGGUUGACAGGGAUGAGAGUGGCAUAAUCUUGUAUUAAUUUCAGUGAUAGAUUGUAAUAUAGCAAUGAUCAUUGAUGCUUAAAUUUUUAGAAUCUAGGAUUUAGGAAGUACAGAUUGUUAUUAUUUUCCUCGACUAGUUUUCUGCGGGGUGAUUAAAGAAUGACUUACCAUAUUCAAAAUACACUUACC